UGACUGGGCUCAGCUGAGAGAACAGCCCGGUCCUGUAGGUGUAGCCCGUUUACUUAUUCACGCGCUGUUCACCUCGGGGCAACUUCUCUCCGCGAGCUGCCCUCCUUAAAACUCCUGAUGACGUGACGUACCGGAAUCCGGGGCUAAAGAUAAACAUCAGCGUCCGGUGUGUCGAUACGGGAAUUAACCGCCACAUAUGAGGCAUUUCCAUGUGGAGCGACUCGCUUGAGUUUGCUCGGUGAAAGCUUGUCCGGACGCACGCGCUCUAAUUUGGACCUCGCGACAUGUUCACGCGCGGCUCGAAAAAGCGCCGCUCGAACCGAUCGCAGGAGGAAGAUCCUGACCGAGGGCAGCCCUGCAUGCGAUGUGGAGAACAAUGUCCGGGUUUGCGCAUGCACGGCUGGAGGAAGAUCUGUGUGCACUGUAAGUGUGUGCGAGAAGAGCAUGCAGUGCGCUCCGUACCCGGACAGCUGGAGAAGAUGAUGAUGAAGCUGGUGUCCGACUUCCAGAGGCAUUCCAUCUCGGACGACGACUCGGGAUGUGCCUCGGAGGAGUACGCCUGGGUGCCGCCUGGUCUCAAGCCCGAACAGGUAUAUCAGUACUUCAGCUGUAUUCCUGAGGACAAGGUGCCAUAUGUCAACAGCCCUGGAGAAAGAUAUCGCAUUAAACAGCUCCUCCAUCAGCUCCCUGCCCAUGACAGUGAGCCGCAGUACUGCAACUCUCUGGAUGAGGAGGAGAAAAAGGAACUGCGGUUGUUCAGUCAGCAGAGGAAGAGAGAGAACCUAGGCCGCGGCAUUGUGCGUCUAUUUCCUGUCACCAUGACCGGAGCCAUCUGCCAGCAGUGUGGAAGGCAGAUUUAUGGAGGUGAUAUAGCUGUGUUUGCCUCUCGUGCGGGACACGGGACAUGCUGGCACCCUCAGUGCUUCCAGUGUGCCACCUGCAGCGAGCUGCUCGUCGACCUCAUCUACUUCUACCAGGACGGCCAUAUCUACUGCGGACGUCACCACGCCGAGCGCAUCAAACCACGCUGUCAGGCCUGUGAUGAGAUCAUUCUGGCAGACGAGUGCACGGAGGCGGAGGGACGCCACUGGCACAUGAGGCACUUCUGCUGCUUUGAGUGCGAGACGGCGCUCGGCGGUCAGCGCUACAUCAUGCGAGAGAGCCGGCCGUACUGCUGUACCUGCUACGAGUCUCUCUACGCCGAGUACUGCGAUACCUGCGGAGAGCACAUCGGUAUAGAUCAGGGGCAGAUGACGUACGAGGGGCAGCACUGGCACGCAUCCGAGGCGUGUUUUUGUUGUGCCCGCUGUCAGUUGCCCCUGCUGGGCAAACCCUUCCUCCCCCGCAGGGGACUCAUCUUCUGUUCCCGACCCUGCUCUCUUGGAGAAGACCCCAAUAACUCUGACUCCUGUGACUCGGCCCUGCAGUGUAAAGCGACCUCACACAAACUCGUACAUCAACAGCAGCAAGAACGCAAUUCUCCUCUGUGGCCACCAGAAGGCAGCAAUCUCACCACUGCAACUGCUAAACUGUCCACCGCAACCAAAUCAUCCCCUUUAUCAGAAAGCAGAGGCGUCCACACUUCACUUUUCCAUUUACAAAAUGGCCGCCCUCCACCUCCACCUUAUGGACAUGUUCACUCUCAAAGCUCAUAUUCUCCUUCCUUGGCCAAUGGUUGGGGGCCGCUGUUAAACUCGGACUGCUCAAACAAGGAGGAGCACUCAGGGUUGGAGUACACGGUGGAGCUGAACGGAUACGCUGAAUUCGGGCCUUUUCCACCAAGCUGUACUUCCAGAGGAACCUCGACAGCAAAGGACACUGGGACACUGGAGAGUAGCUCAGAAAAUCUUCCUCAGCCCCACCCUUCACCCGAGGUUGACUCCCUAGAAGACACAGACUUUUUCCCACCACCUCCACCCCCUGUCUUUAUUGGCCCCGAUAAUUUACCAAUCCUGUCCCCACCCGAUGAGCCCCACCCCUCGCCCCCUCCAGCCCAAUUUGGGCGAAGCAGCACAGCCAGGGUCAGCUUCAGGGAGCCGAUCAGCUCCAGCUAUUCAGUGGAGGAGGAUGAGGACGAGGAGGUAGAGGAGGUUGGGGUUGAAAUGGAGAGAAAAGAGGAAAAUGAGCUUGAGCAGGAAGAAGAGGAAGAUGAAGCUGAUGGGGGCUUGGGACGCAGACUACACCUGCGAGCUGGAAUGCCACCUCAGAUGGAUCUUUUGGACGGCGCGUACCGUCGCAGCUUCCGUCAGGGAUGUCCAAGUCCAACCGGACGAAGCCGCCUGGUCUCGGACUCCCCCCUCCACCUGGGCACUGAGAAACACUUCCGUCGGCCCAGACGCGACAGACCUCGUCUAGACACUCUGGAGUGGAGAGGAGGAGAGAGAGAGCAUGCCUCACGUCCACACUCCAUCACCUCCCCCGAAGAUGGAAAUUCCCGCUUGACGCUUCACUCCACCCGCUACAGACACGAGGACUCCUGCUCCACCUGUUCGUCCUCCUCCGACUCAGAAGAAGAGGGCUUCUUCCUCGGCCAGCGCAUUCCUCUACCUCCUCAGCUGACGGGGGAAAAAGAGAGUGAGGGAGAGAGAGGAGAUACGGAGGGGAAAGCCAAGAGAGGGAGUCUGAGGAGGAGGAGGACACAGAGUCUCAGUGCGAAGGACAAAGACAAGGACAAAAACUGCAUAUUGUCUUAAGGGAAAGAAUGAUGGAGGAAUCUGUGCCGAUUCAUGCUUAGUGAACUGAUGUUUCAGGCAUUCAUGUCCGAGUUUAAAGUGAAUUUUCUUAAUUUUCCUGCUUGAACACGCCUGCUUAAUAACCAAGUGAAAAAGCUGCACACCAAAACAGCUAGUAAUGACCUGAUGAUUAACUGUUUUAAAACAGAUGGAAACUAACAAAUGCAAAAUAAAAUAAUUUUGCGGAGAGGUUCAGCAAACCAAAAAAUCUUUUGCAUCACUUCCCCUGUUAUCAAGGCUUAUUUGUUGGUAUAACAGUAAGAGUUACCAGAAUUGCAGUAAAGUCUGCCAAAAAAAUGUUAUUACAAAUGAUAUUAUCAGCAUAACAACUUCAGUGAAAUGACUGAAGUGUAAUGAAAUGACUUAAGUAGACUGUACAAUAAUGUCAGAGUUAAUUAGGAUUUGGUACGGUUUGUGGAAAAACAAGAUCAAGAACAUUGGAGUAUCAUCGAAAAUUUUAAAUUGAUUUGAAUAUUUAGAGAUUAAGCAUUUCUUGUUUUAUUUAGAAAACUCAAUGUACACCAAUCAGGCAUAACAUUAUGAGCAGUGAGAGGUGAAGUGAAUAAGACUGAUGAUCUCCUCAUCAUGGCACCUGUUAGUGGGUGGGAUAUAUUUGGCAGCAAGUGAACAUUUUAUCCUCAAAGUUGAUGUGUUAGAAGCAGGAAAAAUGGGCAAGCGUAAGGAUUUGAGCGAGUUUGACAAGGGCCAAAUUGUGAUGGCUAGACGACUGGAUCAGAGCAUCUCCAAAACUGCAGCUCUUGUGGGGUGUUCCCGGUCUGCAGUGGUCAGUAUCUAUUAAAAAUAUACUGUAAGUCCUGUAAGUUGUAACUUAGAAGACUUAAAGUAUCUGCUGCUAACAUUUUGGUGCCAGAUACCACAGCACACCUUCAGGGAUCUAGUGGAGUCUAUAUCUCGAAGGGUCUGGGCUGUUUUGGCAACACAAUAUUAGGCAGGUGGUCAUAAUGUUAUUCCUGAUCGGUGUAUAUUUAAUUGAACAAAAAUUUUCCAGGUGAUCUCAGAUUUUUGAACCAGAUGUUUAUGUAUAU